GAGCCCGAACGCACCCUCACGCAUGUCCAAGUGGGCGGUGUUCCUUGGAGCUUUCCAGAUCGAAUUUAAGCCAAGGCCAGCGAUCAAGGGCCAGGCGCUAGCCGAUUUCGUGGUGGAGUGCACCGCUCGGGAGGAGCCGAGCCCGGAAGAGCCGGAAGCCGAGGACUGGUGGAUAGUUUUUACCGACGGCUCCUCUGCCGCCAAAAACUCGGGAGGUGGAGUGGUAGUCAUCGCUCCCGAAGGCUUCAGAGCAUACUACUCAAUUCGAUUCGGUUUCAAGGCAUCAAACAAUGAAGUGGAAUAUGAAGCGCUCCUGUGCGGGCUACGCCUAGCAGCCGUGAUGAACGCAACAAAGCUAAGGAUAAAGUGUGAUUCAAAGCUGGUGGUUGGCCACGUCUCGGGAGAGUUUGAGGCGAAGGACGAAAGAAUGAAGAAGUACAGAGAUACCGCUCUAGAGUUGCUUAAGAGUUUCACCGCAUAUAGUGUGGAGCAGAUCCCUCGGGCGGAGAAUGCCGAGGCGGAUAUCUUGUCAAAGCUGAACUCGGACACGCCCGAGCAUAUCACGCGGAUGGCGAACGUGGAAGAGUUGUCCGAGCCGAGCAUCCAUGCCUUCCCCGUGGCGAUGAUCUGUGCUCGGCCGAGAGAUUGGAUGGACGACAUAGUUGCCUUCUUGAAGGAUGGCGCCCUCCCAGACGAUCCAGUAAAGGCCAAGUUGGUCCGCACUAGGGCACCGAGGUACACUUUGGAGGGCGAAAAGCUAUACAAGCGAGCGUACAACGGUACGCUACUCAAGUGCCUCCGACGAGCUGAAGCGGAGCAAGUCAUGGAGGAGGAUUGCGCGGAGUUCGUGAGAAAGUGCAAGGUGUGCCAAGAGUUUCAAAAGGUACCGGGGAGGCCUUCAACAAACUAUACCCCCAUCAGCACAGCUAUCCCGUUCGCGCGGUGGGGGGUGGACCUCGUGGGUGCGCUUCCGAGAGGUACCGGGAACGUGCGAUAUGUCAUUGUAGCCAUCGACUACUUCACCAAGUGGGUGGAGGCGGCCCCGUUGGCGAGCAUCACCGGAGCUCAAUGCCAGAAGUUUCUCGCGAAGCAAGUCAUCUGCCGCCUCGGCGUUCCCGAACACAUAAUCACGGACAAUGGAACACAAUUCGAGUCCAAGCCCUUCAACAACUUCCUUGAAAGUUGGGGGAUCAAGCACAGCUAUGCGUCGGUUGGGUACCCACAGACGAACGGGCAGGUCGAGAACGCCAACCGGACAAUAGUCGACGGGCUGAAGCGAAAGUUGGAAGCUUGUGGAGGGGAGUGGGCAGAGGAGUUGCCCUACAUAUUAUGGACAUACCGGACCACGCCCCGAAGGGCGACCGGGGAAACUCCGUUCGCCCUAUGCUACGGAUUUGAGGCAAGGGCACCCGCAGAGAUCUCCAUCGCAACCCACCGGGAGGCGGUCUUUGACCCCGAGCGCAAUGAGGAAGCCCUGGCAGCCGAGCUCCACCUCGUGCAUGAAAGACGAGAGGCGGCCUUCAUUCGGGCAGAAAAUUACCGCAGGAAGGUGAAGAGCUACCAUGAUGGGCGCGUGCGCGCGCGGGGGUUCGUUGAAGGAGAUUGGGUACUGCGCAAGAGAACGGUGAGCCGCCCCCUAGAAGGAGGAAAGUUUGCCAAAAAUUACGAAGGCCCGUACAUCAUCAAAGAAGCGGUGGGCCCUUCGACAUUCCGCCUGCAGACACCGAGCGGAGGGGACGUGCCCAGGACAUGGAAUGCCGAGAACUUGGUUAAGUUUUAUCAGUAGACCUCUCAUGUACACGGACCCCAAAGUGGGAACCCGUAGAUCUUUUCGGUUGAACUCAAUGGAAUGAAGUUUUUUGCGAAAA